AAAACAAACAUUUAAAGUCCUGUGGAUAGCCAAGUUCUUAAACGUCUUUCAUUAUUUUUUUUCGCAAUUAUCCAUUUCUAAUCCGUAUUUCCGCCUCGCCGAUGGUCCAGAGUAAAACUUUAAGUCAUACUUUGUUGACUUAAAGGGCCAUGGCAAGUAAAGGCAACAGAUCAAAGGGUUCAUCAUGGUUAACCCCAACGCUAGACGACUUUGGAUUGGCAUCCUCGACCCUGAGUGAGAGGAAACCGAGGAAGCGGCCCAGGGAAGCCGAGAUCUUUAGUCAGUGUGGGAAGAAAGUACAACAGGGAGGAACCGCUCUCUGGGUGGAAUUGUACGCACCGACGACUCGAGAUGAUUUGGCCGUCCACAAAAAGAAAGUCCAAGAGGUGGAGAACUGGCUGGUGGAGAGCAUGGCUGGUAUGAAGGGUCGCAGAUUUCUCCUCUUGACUGGUCCCGCAGGCUGCGGAAAAACCGCCACAAUAAAGAUAUUAGCAAGAGAGGCCGGGCUCACAGCACAGGAAUGGAUCAACCCAACUUCAACGAGUUACAAGCCUGCUUUCAUGGAUCAAGAAAAUACUUGGAUCCCCGGGGACACUGUUGUAGCUGGUAGUCAGACGUCUCAGUUCAGGGAUUUCCUGAUCCGGACGAGCAAAUAUAGGAGCGUGUGCGCGACAGGAAAGGCGGGAAAUAUCAUCCUGAUUGAAGACUUCCCAAAUGCAUUUCUCCGAGAUCCUUCCGAGUUUCACACGAUGCUAAGACAGUAUAAAGGCAGCAGCCCUGUCGUAUUCAUCAUGACAGACUCCACCAAUCAGCAAAGCAGCGCCAAGCAUGUAUUCCCCAUAAACCUUCAGCAGGACCUCUUUGUUAUAAACAUUCAAUUCAAUCCCAUUGCAAGUAGUUUGCUGGUGAAAGCCUUGAGUCGAAUUGCAAGUAUGGAGAGUGUCUGCUCCGGACAGCCCGUCCCCCCUAAAGAAGCCCUUCAGACUUUGGCCGAUGCGUCCGGAGGAGAUGUGAGAAGUGCAGUGAAUGCCCUCCAGUUUGCUGCGAAGAAAGAUGUUUACCAAAUUCAAGACUUGUUUGCUGGAGGGUCUGACAGGGGAAAAUCAAAAGCUUCUGUUAAGACACAAAGAAAGGCAAAGGGGAGCAAAACCUCAUCAUCAAAAGCAAGCGUUACCGACUCUGAAAAUCUCAUAGCCGUAGGGGGAAAAGAUGCUUCACUUUUUCUCUUCAGAGCCUUAGGAAAAGUUCUGUAUUGUAAACGUAACCAAGAGGGUGCAAUAGACCCUCUACCUAAGCACCUGAAGUCAGAGGAAAGGUUGCCAUUGCAAGAAAACCCAGAGAGUAUUUACGACAAAACUUCAAUGGGAGCAACGAGUUUUAGUCUCUUCCUGCACCAGAAUUGUUUGGCCUUCUAUUCCAGCAUAGAUAACUUAGGGAAAGCACUGCAACAUCUAACAGAUUCAGAUAUUCUGUCUGCAGAGUGGACAGGGAAAAACAUUCUGGAAGAUUAUGCUGCAUCUGUGACUGUACGAGGUUUGAUGCAUUCAAACCAUGCAGAACAGAUGGGCAGUAGAUGGAGGCCGUUGACAAGACCAGUGUGGUACAGUGUAGCAAAGAAAAGCCAAGAGCAUAUGUCAGUGUUAAGAGCUGAACACCGAAUGGCCUCGUUCACUUCUGAGGAGCUUACAACUGUGGUUGUCCCAUUGCAAGCAAAGAUCUUUUCAGCCACCAGAAGAGGGCAGUUCUCCUUGACGAGAGAAAUUGGCUCCUUUUCAAAUAUCCAGAUGAAAAAUUCUUCAGGUGAUCAGUUAGAUGAGCAUGAUGCUAAUUCAUCGGUCGUAGAAGAGGAGGAACCAGAUCGAGCAGGAGGAACAGUGAAUGACGAUACAGAGAAUAAAGACGGCGAAGUCGAUCUGUUGGAAAGCCAAGAGGCCAGUGAUCCCGACGAAGACUUCAGAAUUGACGAAUUUGAGGAUUGAAACCUCUUUAAAAAAUGCUUGAAUUUAUUGUAAUUGUAAUAAAAUUAUUUCUGGUAA